AUGGAGAACCAAAAUAAAUUUCAUUCUUCUUCUUCUUCUUCUAAUUCUUCUAAUUCUUCAUAUGUCAAUAACCAAAAUAUUAAUCAUAAUAGGAUGAUAAACAAAGAUGCAUCAGCUGCUGCUGUUGUUGGUUAUAUUAAUAACCAAAGUUCUUCAUCCCCAUCUACAACUACAGCAACAUCAAUAACAACAAAAACAACAACAACAAUAUUAAAGAGUUCUGAUAUGAGUAUGGGUAUAGAAGAUGGAGAAGAGGGAGAAGAGGAUAAAGAGGAUUCAUAUUCAUCAGCUUCUACAUUAGUUGAUGACAAUGAUAUAGCACCAACACAAGUUUUAGAUGAUGAGUUUUAUAGUAAUAAUAAUAAUAGUAAUAAUAAUAAUAACAAUUACAAUAUAAUAGAUGAAGAUGAUAGUAUAGAUGAAGAUGGAGGAGAUAAACAUUUUAGACACUUGGUCAAACUAAAGUCUACUGUAAUUGGUUAUGAAAUAUCUUUCAAUGAGCUAUAUGUUGAAAGGGAGAUUGGAAAGGGCUUUUUUGGCAAGGUUUAUAAAGCAUCGUGGAAAGGAAGAAGUGUUGCUCUCAAAAAGAUUACAAUCACAAAGUUUCGUGAUCGCUCAGAGGCAGAGAUAUUUGAAAAAGAGUUGGGUAUAAUCUCUAGACUUUGUCAUCCUUGUUGUGUAAUGUAUAUUGGAGCUUGUUCAGCAGAUGUGGCCAACAAAUGCAUCAUUAUGGAGUAUAUGGCCGGUGGAUCACUGAAAAAGUUGUUGGAUGAAAGACCCCAUGUCCUUACACCGUCUCUCCAAUUGUCGAUUGCAAGAAAUAUUGCAAAAGGAAUGAACUAUUUGCACACUGCAUUUGAUUCUCCUAUCGUACAUAGAGAUCUCACAUCGUCAAACGUACUUUUGGACGGAGACUAUUCCAUGGCCAAGAUCAACGACUUUGGGCUAUCCCGAGAAAUAAAGGCAGGUGUCACAGCGGCAGAGAUGACGGCAGCUAUGGGUUCCUUGGCAUGGAUGGCACCCGAAAGUUUCAAGGGUGAGCGAUACUCGGAAAAGGUGGACAUUUACUCGUAUGGCGUUAUUCUAUGGGAGAUUAUCACCCAAAAGGAUCCAUAUUGUGGUAUGGAGCCACUUAAAAUGGCUUUUCUAGCGGCAAUGGAAGACUAUCGACCGCCUCUGCUUCAUGUUCCCGCUCAGUGGCAGGCUCUCAUUACAAGGUGUUGGAGCCCAAAACCAGACCAAAGACCAUCGUUUGGUGAAAUUCUUCAAAUAAUCGACAACAUAGAAUCGAGUCAUACAUUUAAUGGUUAUUUAAAACAAGAAGGAAACUUUUUUAAUCUUUCAAGUGAAGGUGGAAAGAAAAAAACAGCUCUAUCAAAUAUAAUGUCAAGGUCAUCAAGUGAUGUAAAGCAGCAGCAACAACAACAACAACAACAACAACAACAACAACAACAACAACAACAACAAGGUGGUGGAUAUUACGCAUCACAGAGCUUUUCUGGAUCCAUGGAUUAUGAAACUACACCAACAAGAUUAACAAAAAGCUCAUCAUCAAAAUUAAAUCAAACGGCACCCAACAAGAAUCAACAAAUAUUUAGUCAUAUCCUUCCAGGAGGAAAAGGAGCACAAAACAUUGUAUCAUUGAAUCUUUAUGAUUCAUCAACUCUACUGGCAUCACUGUCAAAGGAGAUCUAUGUUUUGGAUAUAAAUAAUGAAAAUCAUUACCAAACACUAUCAUUAAAGCAUAACAAUAACAACAAUCAAACCAUAAACACAGUUUCAACAACUACCAUAAACAACAAAUCAUUUUUAGUUUCGUCAUCAUCUUCUCUGGGUGGACAAGGCAAACUUUCUGUUUGGGAGUUUAAUGAUAGAGACAAAGGCAUCAACAUUUUACCAGCAAAAACAAUUGAUUGUGGUGAUUCAAUGGUUACAUCGUUGUCAUGGAAUGGCCAAAAUAUUAUUACAAUCUCUAAAAACGACAGAUUCAUCAAAAUAUGGGAUUUAGAGAGAGGAGAGGUUAUUUCAAAUGUCGAUGGCCUUUCAAAUCAACUUUGUUUGGAUUCCACUCAUGACCACUCUUUGAUAGCGACUGGUGCAAUGGAUCAGAAAAUUAGAUUGGUGGAUAUUAGAUCAAGUCAUUGUUUUCGUUCUUUUAGUUGUUCUAGCCCUAUCAAUUCGAUUCGACUACGUUCCACUUCAUCCGAUCCAAUUUUAAUUAGUGGAUCAAAGGUUGUAAAUACAUGGAAUAUGUACACAAGUCAUUGCCAAAGUAGUUUUCAAGUUCAUGGGGAAAAUGAAUGUGUUGGUAUUCAUAGCAAUCGAAAUUGUAAGCAAGUAGUUACCCAUUCCUCCAGUUCAAUUGCACAAUUUAGAUAUGAUAGUUACGACCAAGAUUCAAUACAACUUUACCAAGUCCACAAUUUCAGCAAUGACCAAGAUGAUCAUUCUUUAGGAAACAAAAAGGUAACAAAUGCACAAAUUAUUUCACCAACAAAAAUAGUUUAUUCUAGUGAUGAUAAAUUAUAUAUUGUUUAA